AUGAAGUGGUCGGGCGUCUUCCUCGCGCUUGUGGUGCUGGCCCAGCUUCGCCUCGAGGCCGCCGCGCUCGACAAUGGCGUGGCUCGCCUCCCGCCCAUGGGCUGGUCGACUUGGUGCACGGAGAACGACGUCUUGCCGUGCUACGACGACUUCUGCAACGAGCAGGAGAUUCGUUCAGUCGCCGACGCCAUGGCCGCCAACGGCCUCAAGGACCUGGGCUACAACUACAUCGUCCUCGACGACUGCUGGGGAGGAGGUCGUGACGCGCAGAACAACAUCAUCCCGGACGCCUCGCGCUUUCCCUCCGGCAUGAAGAACUUGACGGACUACAUCCAUGCGCGCGGCCUGCUGUUCGGCGUGUACACCGAUGUGGGCACUACCACCUGCCGCGGGGGCCGGCCCGGCAGCUGGCCGUUCUACGAGCAGGACGCCCGUGUGUUUGCGUCGUGGGGUCUCGACUACGUGAAGAUGGAUUGGUGCCACGAGCCCAGCGGCUUUACCGCCCAAGAGCUCUACACCAACAUGAGCCAGGCAUUGAAUAAGACGGGGCGUCCGAUCUUCUUCAGCAUCUGCGAGUGGGGUCGCUCCGACCCUUGGACUUGGGGCAUGAAGGUGGGCAACAGCUGGCGUGUGGGCCCGGACCACCUCCCCGUGUGGUGGACGCCGCCCUUCCAGCAAGACCCCGGCCAGGGACAGGGCACCGCCAACAUCAUCGAGCACAUGGCCGGUCUCUCCUCCUACGCGGGUCCUGGCGGCUGGAACGACCCUGAUUUCCUGAUGCCGGGCUACUGGUGGCUGUCGGAGAACGAGCAGAUCAGCGAGUUCAGCUUCUGGUGCCUGUGGGCCUCUCCGCUGAUCGUUGCCACCGACGUGCGCGUCCUGUCCGACAAGAAGCACAUCCUCAACAAGGAGGCCAUCGCCGUCAACCAGGACAAGCUGGGGAUUCCGGGCGAUCGUAUCGCGAACUACACCGACGGCGGGCAGGUUUGGGCCAAGCCGCUCUCCAACGGGUCGUGGGCCGUGAUCCUGUACAACCCCAACUUCUUCGAAUCCGUCGACAUCCCCGUCUCCUGGGACCAGAUCCGUGGCUGGCCGGCAAUGCAACAGGCCGGGAACAAGAAGGCGUUGGUGCGCGACUUGUGGAAGCACGAGAAUCAGGGCGUAUGGGCUGUCGGGUUCCUGGGCAAGAGGGUGGAGGCCCACGCCGUCCGCUUUAUCACCGUCACCCCCUACGGCGCAUAA